AAAGAGUCGACAGCUGCAGCUGCGCCACUUCUGACUUCCAUCUCCAUCUCUCUCUCUCUCUCUCCCUCCCUUUCCCUCUCGCAAAGCAGUUUCUUUCUGCUUCCCCCCUUGACAACACCGACAACAUAAACUUUUAACCCCCUUCUCUCUCUCCCUUACUCUCGCUCUCUCUAUUGUGUUAUAUAUGUAUAUAUAUGUAUAUAGAGCCGCCUCCUGCUCAUGUACAGGGAGGACAGUAGUAAGCUGGUAAUAAUACGGCUGCAGCGUCCACUGUCAAUAGGACCACGGCCCAGCAGGCAUGGAAAAUGGCGGCAAAAUGUACGGCCUCACCUGCAGAUCAGACAGCUCUGCACUUGCAGGGCCUUACUGUAAUGUCACAACCACCGCCGUCCCUUUUCUCCCUUGCCCUUGGGACACUGUCGGCAGCGGCAGUGGCGGCUACCUCACUUCCCCUCCCCGCCUCGAUCUGGCCAACUCCUCUCUCUCAGUCGACCGCCACGCCGGCCCCGCUGGCUCGGCUGUGCAGGCCGACCCGCAUCUCACGUGCCUCGGGCUCGGGAAGCGGCACUGGCGCCACUUUGGGGACGGAGUCUCCGCUGUCGCCGGGGUGUUCUCCGAGGGCGGUAAGAGGGGGAGGUGUGGCUACUACCGCAGCAGGGCAGCGGCGGUGGUUGCGAGGUGCCAGGUGCAGGGGUGCGAGGUGACGCUGGAAGGGUCCAAGGAGUACCACAAGAGGCACAGGGUGUGUGAGGAGCACUCCAAGGCUCCCGUGGUGGUCGUGCUCGGCCUGCCCCAGCGCUUCUGCCAGCAGUGCAGCAGGUUUCAUGUGGUGUCGGAGUUUGAUGAAUCAAAGAGGAGCUGUAGGAGAAGAUUAGCAGGGCACAACGAGCGCAGGAGAAAGAGCUCUCACGAUUAUGUUCCCCGGACACGAACCUCUUCUCAAGGAGGUGCUUACUCUCUUCUGUCAUCAACUACCGAAACUUGUGGACUCUUUCCCUCCAACCUCUCCCUCCAAUGCAGUGCUGCUCUACGUGAACUGAUUGCUGAGCACCGGGCGACCAUCUUAGCCCAUCAGCUCGUCCUCGAAGGGUGCAUGAUGGACUCAGGCCCCAGCAGCAGCUCUGUCUCAUCGAUGCGCCUGCAUCAGGUACCACAUCCAGUCCUGCCUACCUUGAAGAGCGCUGACGAGUCUGGCCAGCAGGUGACUCUUGACCUCAUGCAGAGCCCGAUCUCAGCGUUUGGGGGGCUACCCAUGAGGGGGAAACAACAGCAGGAGUGUUAUGAGCUGUGGAACUCCUUUUAGGGAUAGUGAUUUAUGGUUUUUUCACUUAUUUUUUCCAUUGUCAACUUCACCCGUUCCCAGUACUCGUGAUAAGCCUUCAAUGAGUUUAUGGCCCCGACGUAUCAACAGUCGAGUGAUAUUCUUAUGUUUGUCGGACCGUGCAAGUAUACUGAUAUAAGAUUAUUGCUGUACAGAUUAUAAUGAUAAAGGCUCGUUUGUUUAUAACCAAA